UGGGGGGAUAAGAUGGCGGCGGGCGCCGCUGCCCUUAACUGGAGGCGGGUUUCUUCCUUCACGGGGCCGGUGCCUCGAUCGCGGCACGGGCAUCGGGCCGUGGCGAUCCGCGAGCUGGUCAUCAUCUUCGGGGGCGGCAACGAAGGCAUCGCCGAUGAGCUGCAUGUGUACAACACCGCUACGAAUCAAUGGUUUCUACCUGCUGUUAGAGGAGAUAUUCCACCAGGCUGUGCCGCCCAUGGAUUUGUCUGUGAUGGUACCAGAAUACUGGUAUUUGGAGGAAUGGUUGAAUAUGGAAGAUAUAGUAAUGACUUAUAUGAAUUACAGGCAAGUCGAUGGCUGUGGAAAAAAAUGAGACCUCAGCACCCGGCAGUGGGCUUACCACCUUGUCCUCGCCUUGGCCACAGCUUUUCUCUGUAUGGUAACAAGUGCUAUUUAUUUGGUGGACUGGCAAAUGAGAGUGAAGACUCAAACAAUAACAUUCCCAGAUAUUUAAAUGAUUUCUAUGAACUGGAGCUACAGCAUGGUUCAGGAGUCAUGGGCUGGAGCAUUCCAGUGACCAAAGGUGUUCUGCCUUCACCCCGAGAAUCUCACACAGCCAUUAUAUACUGUAGAAAAGACUCGGGCAACCCAAAGAUGUUUAUUUUUGGAGGGAUGUCUGGCUGUCGACUUAAUGACCUUUGGGAGCUUGACAUAGAAACAAUGACUUGGUCGAAACCAGAAACUAAAGGGACACUGCCACUUCCCCGUAGUCUCCAUACAGCCAGUGUAAUAGGAAACAAAAUGUACAUUUUUGGUGGAUGGGUCCCACAGAACACAGACAAUAACCUGCCUUCUCAAGAUGGAGAAUGGAAAUGUACCGGCUCAUUUUCUUACUUAAAUUUAGAUACUGCAGAAUGGGUCAGUCUGAUCUCAGAUUGCCAAGAAGACAAAAAUAACUUGUUGCCGGGCCCAAGGGCAGGCCACUGUGCCGUAAUAGUGGGCACUCGCUUGUAUAUAUGGAGUGGCAGAGAUGGCUACCGAAAAGCUUGGAACAAUCAAGUUUGCUGUAAAGAUCUUUGGUACCUAGAUACUGAGAAACCCCCAGCACCAUCACAGGUGCAGCUGAUCCGAGCUACUACUAAUUCAUUUCAAGUGAAAUGGGAUGAAGUUCCUACAGUUGAAGGUUAUCUUCUUCAGUUAAGUUUGGAUAUGCCAGCACCAGCUGAAGUACCCAGUACUGUGCUACCUGAGGCAUCAUCACCAAAUGUGCAAGGAAUCAAGCUAGAUCUUCAAAGCCAAACUCCAAGUAAAGUCCCAAACAAUGUGCAAAUUUCCAUUUCAGAGACUAAAUCAAAGGAACUUGAGAAUACAAAGAAAAACCAUUCCAUUUCCAAAGAGUCCAAUGCCCCUGCAUGUUUGCCUGCUAGCACUUUAGGUCCACAAAUCUCAGCAAAUGUAAAUGACUUACUCGACUUCGAUACAAGAACUUCAAAACUUGACACUUCUGCAUCCAGUAUUGUCUCCACCACGCAAAAUGCAGGAACCCAGCAGGCUGUUAAAACUGAGUCAUCAAGUACAAAUGGGGCAGUUGUAAAAGAUGAAGCAUCAUUAACAACAGUCAGUUCAAAUCCUGAAGCUAAGGAGACUGUGGGGCCUUCAACAAGAACUACUUCUGUUAACCCACUUGAUUCUGCUUUACCGUUGCCUAAAACAUCACCACCGAGGCAGAAUGCAAGAGUAAGAACACAAGAGAGAAGAUGGUAUGAUGUUGGCAUUUUUCAAAAUAACAGUGCUUUGGUGAACCAGUUCUACUUGCUGGCAGAGGAAAAGGCCACAGUUUCAAGCAAGGUAGACAAUGCGGAUGUUCCAAAUGACAGUUUACUUAAGAAACAGGAUCUUGCUCCUGGUACUUUAUACAGGUUCAGGGUUGCGGCCAUUAAUGGCUGUGGCAUUGGGCCAUUCAGUAAAGUCAGUGAAUUUAAGACCUGCAUCCCUGGAUUUCCCGGAGCGCCUUCCAUCGUCAAAAUUAGCAAGAGUGCAGAUUGUAUUCACCUUUCAUGGGAGCCUCCUGUCUCACCUUCAGGAAAUAUCUUAGAAUAUUCUGCCUACUUGGCAAUAAGAACCACCCAGCUCCAGGAAAAUCCUAAUCAGCUCAUGUUUAUGAAAAUUUAUUGUGGCCUUAAGACUUCAUGUACAGUGACAGCUGCCCAGCUUGCAAAUGCUCAUGUUGAUCACACAUCCAAACCUGCCAUCGUGUUCAGGAUCUCGGCCAAGAAUGAGAGGGGAUAUGGACCAGCUACACAAGUUCGAUGGCUCCAAGAAACAAAAACGUCAAGUUCAAAAUAGAAACGUCAUAUUAUCCCGCAAGUUGUGGAGUAGCAGUUAGCACUCGUGAUAUUUUGUAAAUCUUCCAAAUAUUUCAUUUUAUAUUGUCUUCACAGCAUCAGUAUUGUACAGUCUUGCAGAUAUGGACCUAGAGUGACUGUGUUUUUCAUAUUACUUUAUAUCUAGUAUGGUCACUUUAGAGUCCCUGGUUAACAUCCAGAGGGAUACAUAUGCGUCUGCAUUUUUGGAGAGUCUUCCUUCCAGUAGCUGCCAGCACACAGACCUACCAAUUGCAGUAGCUUUGCACACACAGGGAAGUGCCGUCGCUCAGUGACAGAUGCCAUGCUUUGCAUGCAAAAGAUCCCACACUUGCCUUUGCCUUCUCCAUGCAGGGCUGGAAAAGUCUCCUAAAACCGUGGAGAGCCACUGCCAGUUAGUGUAGGUGGUACUGAGCUAAAUAAUGGUCGGAUUCAGAAUAAAGCUUCCCAUGUUCCUAGACAUAGAUGCUAAGUUUAAAAAUCAAGUUUGUGAUUUGGCAUAAAAAUGGUCGAAAGAGAAAUGCAUUGGGAGAUUAACACCUGUAAGCUUAGUUGAUUUCUCUUUAAUCUGUUCUUGACCCUAAUUCAGAAGUUUGAAAUAUAAUUGCGAUAUUUUGUUUGGAGAGCUACUGAAAGAAAGGGUUCCCAAGAUGUUGGUUAUUUGCAAACCUCUGUGAAUUAUGGCUCACAGAAUUACUGCAGUACAACUUGUUUGAAGACUGCGGUAAAUAUAUAGCAUUGGAAAUGGUGAAAGUAAAAAAGCUGUUUUUCAAACAUCACAAUAAUUGCCUUUCAAUGGAUGAUCGAAUCAUAAUUUGCAACUGUAACUAUUUCAAAAAACGUGAUUUAUCUCCCAUUUUUCUAGUUUGUUUUAACAAUAUAGGAUUGCACCCACUGUACAGUUUUCUUUCAUGGGUAUAACUCCAAAUCUUCUGUAGCAGAAAACUGGAAGUACAUGGGAAGAUUUUAUAUGUAAAAAUAACAGUUGUCUCGAUAGGUCUGAGAGGGUAUGCGAUGGUCUCAAAUUCUUGGAGUAUGCUUGUUUACCUGAAAGUCAAACAUAUGUCUAAUUCUUCCCAUUUUUUUUUCAAUUGUACUGAUGGGAGAGGCUUGUAGGGAGUAAAAACUGUUCCAUGGGAGAAGGGCUCUGAAGAAGAAAGCUUUGUUCUCUGCACUGACACAACAGCUCCUGUACCCUGCUUCAGGAUUUAUUUUAUCCAAGCAGGGCCUAAAAGACUUGGUUUGCACACAGUUAUUUAACCUUUGGGUUGCUGAAUUCUGGGUUGUCAUGACGUGCAAAGCCAGCUUCCCAGAUAACCGAUGGUCUGCUAAUUGACAAAAUGCCAGAAAGAACGUAUAGUUCAUUGUUGGGUUGUUCAAAGUUUGGGUUGUCAUUACCUGAAGACCCAGAACUGUGGGUUGAUCGUGAGUUGCUUUGCCAGGCUACAGAGGUGGUGAGCAAGAAUGGCAACCUGCACCUUCCAAAAGUGCAACUCUGCAUGCCAGUACUACAGUGCCGCAAAGGCAUUUGGAAUACAGGGAGGGAGCGAGCAAAGGACAGGGGAAAUGAACAACACAGGGAUUGAGAAAAGAAACACAGCUUGUUCAAUCAUUUGCCUGACAAUGCCUGGGUAGGGCAACAAACCAUGGGUUAAUGUUAUGUGCAAAUACAGUCAAUGGAUGGUUGAUAUUGUUAAGGGAUGAGCAAGUUCUUCCACAAGGAAUGAUUGCUUUUAAUAUUACAUUGGACACCAGGAUUGAUCUGUCUAUCCAUUUUAAGCUAAUAUCCUAUGCACAAUUAUCUGGGACUAAAUCCCAUUGAACUGGGUGGAGCUUACCUGUGAGAUGAUAUGUUGAUAUGCACUGCCAAUGGGUUUUUAAAAGCUUACCUAUAUUGCUUUGCUUGUCAUCCUCAUAUUUUACAACAGGGUAAUGCAAUGCCAAAGGGCAGAGGCAGGUCUUCCAACACAUUUGACUGAUUGCCUAGAUGCAGCUGACAUCCCUCCACUAGCUGCAAUCCUGGAGACUCACAAACUUUCCCAAGUGCAAUCCAAAAGAUAAGGGAAAACAACUGAGUAGAAGUUUCUCUCUCCCGUUUUGAUCUCUCUCCUGGCUUUUAUUUCAUAUUCAUGCUAUUUUAGUGCAAGGCAAAUGUUUUAGUUUACAGUAACUUAAAGUGUAUAGAAUAUUUUAAUAUAUUCAUUUUUGUAAAGAUUUUUCUAGUAUUUGUAAACACAUAUUCUAAUCUUUGAAAGUAUCCUGAUGAUAUGCAAGUUGCUAAACUAGUCACUUCUGUUAUGAAAAGCGAAUUCAGUGUAAAUGCACUACUAUUAGUUUUUCAUGGGCAUAAACAUGUUAAAUCUGUAGAUAUUUUGAACGUUUACAAGAGUCUUUACAUGUUGAAGUCCUCCAAAAUGAAUGGUUCAUUUUUAGAAAAGAAAAAAAAUCAGUAUGCUUUGUUUUGGCAUAUUCAUGCUCUUUUGCACUAAUAAGAAUUUAACGUAACAUUUUUGUGUUGCUUCCAGAAAAAAAUGUAUUAAUCUAAAGUUAAAGCAAAUUUGCACAUAUUUGCAUGCUUCUGUGGCAUACAUGUUUCUCUUUCCAUUAGUUUUCUGUGGCGUAUUUUGCCUUAGUUUCAUAUCCUAACAGUAGCGUUUAGUAAUCUUUUAACCUUAAUCAUUUUAUCACUAUUGUGCCAGCUGCUUCACAUUUUUCCUACAUGAGAGUAGGGAGAAACUCAAUGCACACAGAAAAAUAGAUACCUGUCACAAAUGAUAAUGUAACAGUGUGCGUGUUUUUACUACAUCCUGUGUGGCAACUAAGUUACAUGUGAAGCAGUUCUUAAUAGGAAUGUUAAUCUGUUCCCAAACAAACAAAAAUGUACUGAACAGAGGUAUUUGGAUGCUGUUUUAUAAAUAGUUGUUUACCAAAUUAUAGCCUAAUGUGGCUGAAUUAUGCCAGUAAACUAGGUGAAAUGCAGCAUAAAGGCACAAUCCAACAGGAACACUUUUUUGUAAACAACUGUUGUCUUUCCAUUCAUUUGAAUGGGCCUUAUGAAGGUUCCUAUGGAUUGUACCCCUUGGCAUCUAAGUAAGUUUUUAAAAUCCUUUUAUUUUGAAGACUGGUUAAAUGCAUAUGUGCAAUAAAGUGAAUAUUUUGCACUUCAUUAUUCCAUCAAUGCCUAAUAAAUUAAGAUGGGAAUUACUUGAUCUACAAGAUCAGUUUUCAAGUGGAUUAUGAUAAUGUUAGUGCUUUACAAUCAUUCCUUGUUCAAUAGUUCUUCUUCGAGGAAGGCCACAUUUAGUCCAUUUUACUGAUGGACUGAGGGAAGGCUGAAGAAAAGUGACUUGCCUAAAUUCACAUGGUGAGUCCAGGUUUUAUGUAGGACUUGAACCCGGUUUUACCAGCUUCCUCCCCUGCACUACUAAACAUGGUGAGGAAGAAAUAUUUGGUCAAAUGACUGCCAAGAAGAGAUUCAGUACAUCAGAACCCAAUUUGUAGCCAUUCCCACAAUCUUUACAAUAGUUAUGCUGAUGCAACUUGACAUACUGCAUCACAAUCUAUAUUGCCAUGAGGCAAGAUAUUUAAAGCCUUUUCGAAAUGAUAAUAAAGUAGCACUUUCUGUUGGCUACUUCCUAAGAAUGGGAAAAGGUACAUCAAUAAACUUAUAUAUGACAGUGAGAGAUGGUGAUGGAUGAAUUCACCCUUGGCUGGGUGAAUUCUGCAUAUCAAGCUGAAAAGGCCAAACCUCAUUUGUAACUGCAUGCACAAAUACAGUAUACAUCUAAUUCAUCACAGGAAUUCGCUUCACAUAUUAACUUUUUCUGAGAUGAAUUUUCAGCACCAUAUUGGAAAGGGGUGUCAAUUAUGCUACCUAUAUAAGAGUGUAUUUGUGAUGUGCUGACUUAAAGACAGAGUGAAAUUAAUGAGCAUUUAUUUGUUCACAUUGUGAUAAUAUACCCUUUCCUAUUGCAAAUAUGCAACAAUCAUGUCAGAAAAGGUGUGUGUAGCAGCCAUAAGAUUCUGAUUGUUCUUAGCAAUUAAAAUCACACAGGUCACAAUGAAUGUGGAAUGUUUCGAUUGUUCUUAACUAGUACUGUGAAAUCUAAACUUCAGAACACCUCUAUGGCCAUGGGCUUCAAAGCUGGAGAAGGCCAAGGAGGUCCAUGUGCUUGUUAGAACCGCGUCAGUUCUUCCCUGAAUUGUGUAGACCAGCAAUGUGCUUCCCUCUGUCUUGCUCACCACACGCUACUUCCAACUCUGGAUUGAAUCCAGAUCUCCCAGUGGCCACAAGGUUGAAAAAAAGUAUCUUUAUAUACUAUAGGGAAACGCAAAACAGUUGUGGUGGAUUUUUAAAAACAGGAAAAACAUUUUGAGUUAGGGAAGCAUGCUGUGACAGAAUGUGAGAAUUCUCGUUGUAUGGCUACUUAGCUACUAAUAACUUGAUUGUAGAUACAUUACUUAACAUAUGAUCUGUUGAGUAUAUAUGUAAGUAUUUUUGCACUUUUGAGUUCAUAUAUUGUUUUUAAGGGUAUGUCAUGACUACCAAAGGUAAAUUUGUGGCGGUGUUACUCUGGACCUGAUUUUCUGUGUAAGUGUGCUUGUGCCAAUAGGGCAGCUAUCAUAUAAUUUGUCCCAUGUCUACAGCCCCUCUGCCCUCUAUAUGCAUCAGAUUAGUAUCAUGUAUACCCCCUCCCCCCGUUUACAUUGUAUAACUAUUUUUGUGGCCUGGUCUUCUCAUAGCACUUAAAAUGUAUAAAUUCCACUCUAAGGUUUAUAUUUGAAGUUUAUUCUCUUUAAUGUAUCUAAUACUUGGAUAUUGACCCCACUAUAAGUUCACCUAAAGUAUAAAUUAAUUCAGGUUGUUUGAGAAACUGGUGGAAACAUUUUGUUCAACUUUGUAAACUAUACAUGUAACAUCUUGUAUAAAACUGAACCCAUCUUGUAGCAACUUCAAAGAAUAAUAGACUUGGUAUGAACGUUAUAAAUAGAAAAGUCCAUACUAUUUAUGACAUUCUGCAUCAUUUAACUUAACAUGUUUUGUGACUAUGGGUAUCUAAUUAUGUGAACAACUGGCCUAGUUUGGACAAUCAUAGCAGUUUAAUAAGCCAAUGUGAAUGAACCUCUUGCGCAUGCAUGUAUCCCCUUUGUAGUGUGAACAAACAAGAAAGGUUUAACUAAAGUUUUAGCUGAGCCAGGAAACUAUUGUUACCAGCUUCUUAACAAGCCAUGAUAUGAAACUAUGAAUUACUUCUUGUGAUUGCUUGUCUUGUUUGGAAAGUUAUCAGUUCAGCUGCAAUGAAAAACUGGUUAAAUUAGAAACUUUCUAGUUUUAUUGCAAAGGGAGGAUUACAGAAGCUGCGAAAGUAAGUUUAAAAAACCCCUCACUCAUACUUUGGCUUAUUAAGCCAAGAUGAUCAUCUGAACACAACCAUUAUGUAUGAUUUAUAGCAAUAUUUGAUCACAGUUUUUAUGUAGAACACAUCAGCAAGCCAUAGACUAACAAAAAUGAAACCAUGGGUAACUGGAAUGUGACAGAUAGUUAAAGCCAGCUAAUUAGUGUCUUCUGGCAUAUGACUGAAGUGGUCUCUACAAAGAAAUUCAAUAUUUUGUACAACAAUCUAAAAGUAGCAUUGUUCUUUGUAAUAAUAAAGUGAUUUGUCCUACUAA